GACAAAAUGUUGAUGUCUGGAAAAAAUCAAACUCGUUCCACUGGCUGCUAGAAGAGGAAGAGCUGCGGACAACCGCCACCGUUACCGGCGGGAGGAUUCCGGUGAACCCGUGCGGCAUCCACAGUUCGGCCCGAGACAUUCCGGUACGAUGACGGUGGACGACGAAAACUCUAUAUACGUUGGUGGGCUUCCUUACAGCGCCACGGAAGACACCCUUCGCAGAGUCUUCAGUUUCUACGGCGCCAUCGUCGCCGUCAAGAUUAUUAAUAACCGUGCGACAAGAGGAAAGUGCUAUGGCUUUGUUACUUUCAGAAAUCCCAGAUCAGUGAUUGAUGCAAUUGAUGAUAUGAAUGGCAAGGCUAUUGAUGGAAGACCUGUGAGAGUGAACGGUGUAACAACUAGAGGAAGACCGAAUUUCGGUCGUGAACUGUUCCGACAUGAUGUAGAGAGGAGAAUGGAUUGGGACAGGAAUAGAGAUCGAGGAAGGGAUUACGAUGAUGUUGAUGAUAGGGACAGAUAUCAUGAGCAUUACAGUGAUAGGUCAAGAGAACUUGAUAGGUCCUGGGAUGAGGAUAGAGAAAGAGAAUAUGAACAUGAACGUAUGCAUGAGCAUGAGCGUGAUCAUGAUCGCACUGGGGAUGGAUUCAUGGAUAGAGAUCGAGUCCAAGACAGAGUCGAGAACGAACAAGACCUAGGUAGGAAUGUUGAUUGGAACUGGGAACGAGGUCGUGAUUCAGGCUCGGUAGGCAGGGAGGUGGAUGGAAGCAAUGACGAUGAUAGAAUUGCUGACAAGGAUCAGCUCUCAAGGAAGCCAAAUGGUUCAACGUACAACGACAGGUCUACCAGGGUUACAUCACUUGAGCUGGGCGAUGAUUGUGAUGAUGAUGAGGUGAAAGUACAGCUUGACAGAUCAAUCCAGAGACAUGAUGAUCUGAAGAAGGAGAUUUCCCUGAUGGAAGGAAGGUUCGAAGACAAACAAAAACUUGUGUCCAGUUUGCAGAGAAAAGCUACGAAACUUGAAGAUGCAUUGGUUGGAGCCAAAAGGCGCACAUCCCAGCGGAAGGAACAGUUGGCCAAGCUCCACAAGUGCUACGUGCAAACGAAGGAAUAUACUGAAAGACUUAAAAGCAGUGAACAUGAGCUUCAGACUCUUGUUGAUUCAACUCUGAUAGAAAGUGAUGUGGGCAUGGAAGUUGGGUAUUGAGGUAGAUUCCGGCUCAAACUACCCUACAUCCUUAUUGUGAUGGAAUUGAGAAAGUCCACACUGCUUGAUUGCUAAUCGGAAGAAAGCUGCUAUAGCCCUGCCUUACGGCUAUCGAAAUCGUUAAUACAAUUGUUGCUGCUGUGCUUACCCUAUGUGAGAUGUGUAGUUAGUUGAAUCUGCUUUGUACUAAGAAGAGAUUGCUUGAUUUUGUAAUGCAAAAAGUGUUCCUCUGUUGCACUUGCACAGUGUGAAAUCCCAUCUGAAGCUUUGUUCAAAGCAAAGUUGUUUUGGAUCAAACUUGAGCAAAAGGGAGGUAAAGUGGUUUUAUGAAAGCUUGUGUGUGUGAGAGAAAGAGAAUUCAGAGAAUAAGCUGGAAAGAAGCCCAACUGCAUCAGAUGCUUUCGCUUCUUUUCCUGAACCUUGUGUCCUUCAAUCUGGUUGGAAGGAGGGCACAAUGGGAAGAUAAAAAGAAAAACAAACCCACCUGCUUAGCUUUACAGAUAUGGUCAUCUUCCUGACCAUAACCAUAUCUGUUGUACAUCUUGCACUGCAAUUGGAAAAGCC